AUGCCCCCCGAGGCGCUGCUGCGCGCACGCGCUGCGUUCUGUGGAGUGGACCAGUGGACCCCCUCUGGCACUGCAGCAUUUGGGGAAGAGGGGAGGGACGGCAGCAGCAGCCGCAGCAGCAACAGCAACAGCAGCAGCAGCAGCAGCAGCAGCCACGAAUCUCUUAACAAAAUGGAUAUAGAAGAAGAUGAGCCCUUUUGGGACGGCGGCGACACCGACGAGGAGACCAAACAGCUAAACCCCCCGGCAGCAGCAGCAACAACAACAAACUAG